UUGUUUUCCUUCUUAUUUUCCAAUUUUGCGCAGUUGGCUGAGUAGUACGUCCAUUAUUAUGUUCUGUAAAAUAGCAUCGUUCAAUUUUAGCAACUAAUGCCCUCCUUUUAUAAAAUACGCUCUUUCUGCCUUGUCAUUGUUGAUGUUUUUUUCAUAAAAUGACAAAAACAUCAACAUGACCUAGCUGUUCAAGGACCAUAAUGGUUCAUUUUCACCGUCUACGUUGUGGUGUGUGGGAUACCGUUUGACAACUCGCGACCUACGACCUACUACGAUGGCGUAGGAUAGGUUUCUCAUAAUCACAUGACCCGAAUGACGCUCGUUUUGGUGAAAACGAUGUAUUCGAGUAAGCGUCUGCUGACCUGACGUCAAAGCUAUUUAUAGGAAGUACUUGAAAUCACCACAAUAUUCAUCUUAUCAAUCUGCUUAAUAUAAAAGACCACAUUGCACCGUCAAGAGUCCCCAAAUGCUUUCAGAAACCGUGUUAUGCCAUGGAUUCCAACCAAGGAACAAACACAGCCGAGCGGGGUGGUGCGAGAGCCGCCCCGCCGGGGAAUAUCACCGAUUCACGGUCGAGUCUUAGCUGGCGAGGCUGUGUCAUUCCCGUAGUCUACGUGAUAUACGGACUUAUCGUAGCAGCUGCAACACCAUUCGCCAUUAUCGACUUCACCAAGGCUUCAAAGGAUGAUAAAUUCAAGAGGACACUUGCUUUGGUGGGAUUCGUUCCGAUGGUCAUCUCGAUUCCGAUAUCACUGUGGGGCAUUGUCAAUCACAUGAUCUAUUUCACUCGACCAAAUCUUCAGAAACACAUCAUCAGGAUUUUGUUGAUGGUUCCAAUCUACGUCUUAAACAGUUGGUUUGCUCUUCGUUUUCCGGAAAACGAGAUAUAUUUUGACACAAUUCGUGAGCUGUACAAGGCUUUAACCAUCUAUAAUGUCGUAUACUACCUUGUUGCCUUCUUCGAUGGGGUGCCAGACUUUGAUAACAGGAUGGCCAUGAAGUCAGAGAUCAAGCUACCUCAUCCAUUGUGCUGCCUCAAGAAGGUGCCAAACAAACGAACCAUCCGCAGAUGUAAACUGGGUGUCCUUAACUACGCCGUUGUCCGAAUAAUUGCAACCAUAAUUACAAUAAUCACACAUGUUACCGGAAGUUACAACGAGGGAGAUUUCUCUGCAGGAGGUGCCUAUUCCUGGUUGACCGGCAUUCUAACAUUUUCAGAAAUCUGGGCCAUUUUCAGUAAGAACCUUCUCCGUAGAGCAACCAAGGAAGAGCUGAAACUGCUACCCAGGUCCACCUUGCAGUUACUGGCAGUUCAAUUUGUGGUAUUCUUUACACACUUUCAAGCUACAAUCCUCAAUAUCCUGGCUUCGACAGGUGUCAUAAAGACCAACACAGAAUGGGGUUUCGAAGAUGAGUUUGCAUUCGCUACAAUGCUGCAGGAUCUUCUGAUUUGCAUUGAAAUGGUAGCCUUUGCUGCACUCUUUACCUAUGCAUUUGACUAUCAGCGCUACAAUACAGAUGAACCCAGGCUGAGCUUUGAACAAAUCUUCAUACACAUGUGGACCAUAUCGGGUUUGAAAUCCAGCAUCAAUGAGCACCUCGGCACAAGAGGCAAUAACUCUAACAGUUACCAGAGCACUGAUCUUGUUCGAUCUGAGGAACCUCCAGCUGUGGACGAGGUUCAUCCGAAUUUACAAUAUGAAUCACCAACAGAGCCAAGAUUGGUGUAGUCUUGGUUUCAAGACCUUCACAUUGAUUAUUUCCCAGCAAGCUUUACCAUUCUCGCUACCACGGACAGCACGCCGUAUCGCCCGCUAGCUUUGCGCAAGUCGACUCUUUGUUCGAUUUGAACAUUGAUGUCAUAUAUUAUAGAUCAAUGCAUUUCCAGCUUCCGAAAUGAAAUCAAGAAGAAAAAUGCGCCCUCUGUCGAGCUAUCACGUUGCGUAUUUACGUUACGUUUAUGUUCACGAGUAUGAUAUGAGUAUGAUAUAGCGACGUCUUGGACCAAGACUAAGAUUGGUGUGAACAAGUUUUCCCGUCCCGGUCACAGUUUUAACGUAUAUUAUAUAGACCUUAAGACCUGUGUCAUGCCGCCACACCUUGGUCAUGUUCCCUGUAUUCAGUAGCUAUAAUAAAUGCUAAUACUCAUUGUUCAAACAGGAACCAAACUAUUUCCCCUUUCAGCCUCAGCUUGGUUACAAUAGGUUGAACGGGAGAAAAUCAAGAUGGCCGCACUGUGAUAAAGGUCUUUUAAGACAAUGGGGUUUAUUUUAUUACUAGAAUGACGUAAAACUGUAUAAAUAAUUGAUAUGAAUGAAUCUUGUUUAUUUUUGAUAAUAAAACUGUAAAAUUCUGAUUGUUAUGGAGCAGCAAGCUCAGAGGUUAGAUUCAUUUUGAAUGAGAUGAACUUUGACCUUUUUAAUACGAACAUCUUCAGGCAUGAUAUAAGGUCCUUGGAUGAGAGGGGGGGGGGGGGCUGAGGACAAGGGCUGACCAAUACGUGUACAUAUUUCAUAGGCUUUUAUAGACUUUUCAGUUUGCUGAUUUGUCUUAAGUCCCCUAAAAAUCGGAAAUCAGACUUAAUAGGAAGAACAGUCUUUCCGUGCUUGCCCAAGGUAGAUUUUAAAUAAAUUAACAUACAGAACUGAAAUAAAAUUGCUCCUGAAUUUGUAGAUAAAACCAUUUAUGUAAAUGAACCAAAGAUUUACUCUUCAUGAUCCAAUCCAAACCGAAGUAAAAACCAUAGAACUACAACUUUCUCGAUUUUUGAAAAGGUAUAUUGUGUGAAAUGUAUUCUUAAUCAUAUUCUAGUGAGUAAUUUUGCCUAUUUGGUUAUUAUUGUGUAUAUCAGCAUUAUGAAGCAUUUGAAGGCUUAUAUUAUAUUUGAUGCCUCCUUAUUCAGUGAUGGUUAUGCCGAGGAUUAACUAUAAUUUGAAAAACCAUGUAUUUGACCGUAUACUUAAUUUGCGUAUCUCAAGUAUAUUUGUUUAAAUGUUAUAAUUUCGUUAAAGGCAGUGGACACUAUUGGUAGUUGUCAGUCAAAGACUAGCCUUCAC